GGUGAUUACCGAAGUCUUAUUUACAGUUUUAAGAAAUCUUAUUAAUAUUGCAGGUUUUUUGUUACUAGGCCAUUGAGAAUGAUUUAAGUGAUAAACAUUGGCAAUGCCUAAGGCCAUGUUGCUUUGUGGGCAGCUGGAGGAAUGGAUUUUUUUUUACACGAACAUUCAUUUCUUGUUUUUCUUCUUCAGUUCCAGAAUGCAGAUUCUACAAUAUCUUUGACUUCCUAUUUUUUUUGGAUGUCUUCCACCCAUAUAGGUGAGCUUCUCUUACAAGGCCCCGUGUUUAUCAAAGAGCCUGGCAACAGCAUUUUCCCUGUUGGUUCAGAGGAUAAAAAAAUAACUUUCAAUUGCGAAGCAAGAGGCAACCCUUCACCUCACUACAGAUGGCAGCUGAAUGGAAGUGAUAUCGAUCUGAGUUUGGAAUAUCGUUAUAAAUUGAUCGGAGGAAACCUUGUGGUUAUUAAUCCCAACAGAAAUUGGGAUAUAGGAAGCUACCAAUGUUUUGCAACAAAUUCACUUGGAACAGUUGUCAGCAGAGAAGCUAAACUCCAGUUUGCAUAUCUGGAAAAUUUUAAAACCAAAAUGAGAAGUACAGUGUCGGUGCGUGAAGGCCAGGGAGUUGUUCUGCUCUGCGGUCCCCCGCCUCACUCUGGAGAACUUUCAUAUGCUUGGAUCUUCAAUGAAUAUCCAUCGUUUGUUGAAGAAGAUAGUCGGAGAUUUGUUUCCCAGGAGACGGGGCACCUCUACAUAGCCAAAGUGGAGCCAUCCGAUGUGGGAAAUUACACAUGCGUGGUCACGAGUAUGGUGACAAACGCCAGAGUUCUGGGUUCGCCAACGCCUUUGGUGCUACGUUCUGAUGGUGUUAUGGGUGAAUAUGAACCCAAAAUAGAAGUUCAGUUUCCAGAAACUCUUCCAGCAGCUAAAGGUUCCACUGUAAAAUUGGAAUGCUUUGCCCUUGGAAAUCCUGUACCUCAGAUCAACUGGAGAAGAAGUGACGGACUGCCAUUUUCCAGUAAAAUUAAAUUGAGAAAGUUUAAUGGUAUCCUUGAAAUCCCCAACUUCCAACAGGAAGACUCAGGUUCAUAUGAAUGCAUUGCUGAGAAUUCACGAGGGAAAAAUGUUGCCAGAGGGCGUCUGACAUACUAUGCAAAGCCUCAUUGGGUUCAGACCAUAAAGGAUAUAGAAAUAGCUGUGGAGGAUAAUCUCUACUGGGAAUGCCGGGCGAGUGGUAAACCCAAACCCUCCUAUCGAUGGUUGAAAAAUGGAGAAGCUCUGGUGCUAGAGGAGAGAAUACAGAUAGAAAACGGUGCCCUUACAAUAUCAAACCUAAAUGUGACUGAUUCUGGCAUGUUCCAAUGCAUAGCAGAAAACAAACAUGGCCUCGUCUAUUCCAGUGCAGAACUCAAGGUUGUUGCUUCUGCUCCAGAUUUUUCAAGGAACCCAAUGAAAAAGUUGGUUCAAGUGCAGGCAGGCAGCCUGGUCAUCUUGGAAUGUAAACCCAGAGCCUCCCCCAGUGCGUUUUCUUUCUGGAAGAAAGGAGACAGGAUAGUGCAGAAGAGCGAAAGAAUUUCUUUUUUAAAGGACAGCGGACUCAAAAUAACCAAUGUGACUAAAGCUGAUGUUGGAUCUUAUACCUGCAUAGCGGAAAACCAGUUUGGGAAAGCAAAUGGCACAACACGUUUGGUUGUUACAGAACCAACGAGAAUAACUUUGGCACCUUCAAACAUGGAUGUCUCGGUUGGCGAGAGUGUCAUUUUGCCUUGCCAGGUACAACACGACCCCCUGUUAGACAUCAUGUUUACCUGGUAUUUCAAUGGGGCGCUCACAGAUUUUAAGAAAGAAGGAUCUCACUUUGAGAAAGUCGGUGGGAGUUCAUCUGGCGAUUUAAUGAUCAGAAACAUUCAGCUGAAGCACAGUGGAAAAUACGUUUGUAUGGUGCAAACAGGGGUGGACAGGGUUUCAUCUGCUGCUGACCUCAUAGUAAGAGGUUCACCUGGACCACCAGCAAAUGUGAAGGUAGUUGAAAUUACAGAUACAACAGCCCAACUCUCUUGGAAAGAAGGUACAGACAACCAUAGCCCAGUCAUAUCCUAUUCAGUGCAGGCUAGGACACCCUUCUCUGUGGGUUGGCAAACUGUCACAACAGUGCCUGAGGUCAUCGAUGGGAAAACACACACAGCUACUGUUGUCGAGUUAAACCCGUGGGUGGAAUAUGAAUUUCGGGUUGUAGCCAGUAACAAAAUCGGAGGUGGAGAGCCCAGUUUACCCUCAGAAAAAGUAAGAACUGAAGAGGCAGUUCCAGAAGUGCCUCCGUCAGAAGUCAGCGGAGGAGGCGGAAGCCGGUCUGAACUUGUGAUAACCUGGGAUCCAGUCCCUGAAGAACUGCAGAAUGGUGAAGGUUUUGGGUAUGUUGUUGCUUUUCGUCCCUAUGGGGUAACCAACUGGAUCCAGACAGUGGUGACAUCCCCUGAUACCUCAAGAUAUGUCUUUCGAAAUGAAAGCAUCGUGCCAUUUUCACGCUAUGAAGUUAAAGUGGGUGUUUAUAAUAACAAAGGUGAAGGACCAUUUAGCCCAGUGACGGCAGUAUUUUCUGCAGAAGAAGAGCCUGCAGUAGCUCCAUCUCAAGUUUCUGCAGAUAGCUUAUCUUCCUCAGAAAUUGAAGUUUCAUGGAACGCCAUUCCUUGGAAGUUGAGUAAUGGACAUUUACUUGGCUAUGAGGUACGGUUCUGGAAUAACAGUGGAGGAGAAGAAGAAUCAUCAAGUAAAGUGAAAGUGUCAGGAAAUGAGACAUCAGCCCGACUCCGAGACCUGAAGAGCAACCUGGCCUAUUACAUGGCUGUCCGGGCUUACAAUAGUGCUGGUACCGGUCCCUUUAGUGCCACAGUUAAUGCUACAACCAAGAAAACUCCUCCCAGUCAGCCACCAGGAAAUGUUGUUUGGAAUGCUACAGACAAUAAAGUGUUACUUAAUUGGGAACGAGUAAAAGCAAUGGAGAAUGAAUCAGAAGUAACAGGAUAUAAAGUUUUCUAUAGGACUAGCAGUCAACAUAAUGUCCAAGUGCUGAGCACAAAUAAAACUUCAGCUGAACUUCUGCUGCCCAUUAAAGAGGACUACAUUAUUGAAGUUAAGGCCACAACAGAUGGAGGGGAUGGAACCAGUAGUGAACAGAUCAGGAUUCCAGGAAUAACCAACAUGGAUGCAAGAGGAUCGACGUCAGCCAUCUUGAACGUCCACCCUGUGUCGAAUUCUAUAUCCAUAGUACUGUUCUUUAUUGUAAAUGCCCUGUGGUGAUUGUUCUGUUUUAAUUAUUUACUGGAAAGUUAAUUGAAUACAAAAAAGUGCUUUCAUGAAAUGCAGUGAUUAUGCAUGUUUUUUUUUCCCAACUCUGUAUUUUUAACUUUCUACUUCAUUAUGGGUAAAAUAUGAAUACAAUAAAAAAAAAAGCAGUAAAUCCUUUUAGAGGAAUCUGAAAUGCCUUAAUCUUUACCUCAUGAACCAAAGGAAUUUACAUAUUACAUACUUCAGACUUUUGAUAUAAAUGUUCUUAAGCUUUGAGUUUAAGCACUGCCUACGGAUAGACUCACACACUCUCAUGCAUACAAACACACAGGAUUU